GAAACGUGUCUAAAACGCGUACAAUAUAAUUACCUGAAGAACUAAUGCUUGCUCCUUGGGCAAUUUUGGAUGGAAUCAGUGUGCUGUAACGUAUAGCUCUUGUGCAGAUUGCCGAAGUUAACAUCAGUCAAAGAGGAGACAUUUUUUUCGUCUCAUUGACACAGUGUAUAGUUUUUGCAGAAGAAAAUAAAUUCCGUCUGACCAGCAGACAUGGGACAUGUGUGGAUUUUUGCUUGUUUCCUGAUGCAAUUUUCAAUCGCAUCAACAUUAGCUCACGGGAAUGAAGGCGGACUUGCCGAACUUCUCAGCUUUGAUGAUGACUCUUUGUUAGGGGAUGAUUUUGGAUUUGAAGACGCUCUGGAUGAGUUGGAGAAUGACGAAUCAGCAGAUGGUGCAAAUAAUUUGGACUCGGAAGAUGAUGAGGACGACACUGGAGAUGGCGAAGACGGCAUCGAUAGUCAUCAUGCCGUUGAUUUGCUGGAGCUAUUAUCGGAGAUCAGUGCUGCUGCAAUAGAAGCGAUUGGUACUGGUACAGCAGCAGAAGAUGAUGAUGAGACUUCCUCUUUGAGUGUAAGCGGAAGUGGCGACGUUUGAUGUGCGACAUCUAUGAGACGGAUGAAACAAACAAGAAGCGGAUCGCAGAAAACUGCUGAGAUGAGCAUGUCAACAUUAUGGAACAUACCAUGGUUUUCAAAUUCACAAAGGAAUGCAAUAAAGUUGACGAAAGAAUUGGUUUGCGGACUUCGCUGGCAUUUUUUUCCUGAAUUCUCUUAGUUUUCACCAGGCGACAGAGUAUCGCCCGGCGGAAUGGGUCACCAAUAGAGAAUAGUUCUGUGACGCGGACACGGGAUGUACAAAUAGCAAUGUGGAUGCGCGCAUUACACUCAC